AUGUUUUUGGCAGAUAAAGCUAACAUUGAUGAUGAGUACCUCAGGGACUUGUCCUCGAAAAUUGAAUCGUCGUGGAAGGAACUUGCCAAACAUCUAGGAUGUGAAGAAGCGGAAAUUGCAGACAUCCAAACCACCAACGAAGGCGGCACUGAAGAGAGCCGUCACAUGCUACUCACUUGGUGGGAAAAAACGACAGAUCGCGACGAAGGAGCUCAGAAGCUGAGACGAGCAUUGGAGGCCAUCGGGUUGACUGAUUUGGCCCAAAAUGUACCAGUAACAAGCGAAUCAAAAGACGAGGUAGCUGGACCCGAGCUAGAAAAGCGUCAAGAUGCAGGAGUUGACGAGGAGAGCAAACUAAACGGGGCGGCAUCAACCAAAGAAGAAAAUGUGACAAACAACGAAGUACCAAAAGAUAAGGCCGCCAUUGAUGAUGAGUACCUCAAGGGCUUGUCCCCGAAAAUUGAAACAUCGUGGAAGAUACUUGCCAAACAUCUAGGAUUUGAAGAAGCGGAAAUAACAGACAUCCAAACCACCAACAAAGGCAGCACUGAAGAUAGUUGUCAUAUGCUACUCACUUGGUGGGAAAAGACGACAGAUCGCGAGGUAGCAGCUCAGAAGCUGAGACGAGCAUUUAAGGCCAUUGGGUUGACUGCUUUGGCCCAAAAUGUACCGGUAGCGAGCGAAUCGAGAGACGAAGCAUCUGGAUCUGAGCCAGAAAGGCGUCAUGAUGCAGGAGUUGACGAGGAGAGCAAACAAAACGGGGCGGCAUCAACCGAGGAAGAGAAACUGAAAAAGGAACAAGUUGGUGAUCAAGACAAACCUCGGUUUAUCAGUCGCAGAUAUGUGCAGAUCUUCAUCCGCACUCAGCGAUCACAAAAACCGAAGAUAAUGUGUUUGCAAGUGGAUCCAGAAACAUCUGUAUUGCUCUUAAAAGUGAUAAUAAGCGAGAAAAUUGGUGUGCAUCCUCAACAACAGCGAAUGUUCAUCCGAAGAAACUUUCGUAACUUUGAGCUCCAUAACUUGCUGACACUUCACGACUGUGGAAUUCAUCAGGAUGAGAACAUCUCACUCCGUCUGUGCACUGAUGGCCUACUGGGCGGGGGACCAAAAGACAAACACCCUGAUGAUGAUCAGUUCUUUCGGGACUUGGCUUCGAAAGCUGAAUCAUCCUGGGAAAAAUUGGCCAGAUCCCUGGGAUACGGAGAAGAUGAAAUCAGGCAAAUCCAAACCACCAACCAAGACGACAAAGAAAGGAGCUUACAGAUGCUGCUUUCUUGGUGGAGAAAGCAAGCAAAUCGCAAAGAAGGAUUUCAGAGUUUGAGCGAUGCGUUAAAUUCAAUCGGGCGUGCUGAGCUGGCUUUAAUGAUUCCUUCUGAAGAGCAACGGAGGAUGAAACAGGAAGAAGUUGCAGAAGGGGAGAAAAGGAAAACAUCAUCUCAGGGACGCGGACCAAGACAGGAGAAAGGUACUGAUCGAGACAAACCUCAACCACCGGUACAAGUGGGAGUGACUGGGACAGAAAGCAGAUCAGAUACACUUCCUGACGACAGAUCCAUUUUGAAACAUUCUAAGAAGAUCGGAACACGCUGGGAAGAAUUGGCCUUAAACUUACAUUCCUCAAAAGAAGAUGUUGAAAUAAUUAAGGCUAAUCAUCCCCACGACAUUGUAAAACAGUGCUUUGAGAUGUUAAGCACAUGGUGGAGAAAGCAGGACAAUUACACAGAAGCAAGACAGACGUUAAAGAAGGCUCUGAUUGAUUCGGGCAGGAACGACUUGGUUCGGGAAAUAUUAGGCGAGAUGGGAAGAGCGCAAUCCAGUCCGAGUGAUGCUACUGAUCAUUGCAGGAGUGAAUUAAAAAACCGGUAUACUGAAACAGGUAGCUACGUUCAGUUAAUACCUUGGGCCGGUGACGACAUGAAACAUAUAACGGAUAUAUAUACAGAGUUGCAAUUAGAACAGGGUGACCAGGAUGACAUAGAGGGCGAUGUUCAAGAGUAUGGAGACAUUUUCGUCUUAAAAACAAGAGACGGAAAAGUGAUUAAUCGGGCCAUUUUGUGUGGGUCACCCGGGAUGGGGAAGUCAACCAUUAUUGACAAAAUUGCAUACGACUGGGCAAAGGGUGAUGCACUCAAACAGUUUUCACUUGUGUUUGUUUUGAAAAUGUCCGCUCUCAAGCAAACGUCUGACCUGGUUGAAUCAGUAUUUGAUCAACUUUUAGCAGAUGAUACAGCAGUAGAUAAAGGUGGUUUGGAAUCAUUCAUUAAAGACAAUGGUAGUAGAGUGCUCAUUCUCAUAGAUGGUUUUGAUGAAUUCGGGACAACUAACCUCGAACCAGAGAAAUUUGGGUCCGUUCUAAGAAUGCUCAAUCGAAAAUUUGGUAAAGAAUGUUUUGUAGUUGUAACAACACGCCCCUCUCACUUUGCUAAAUUGAAAAGCAAAAACAAAUCACUCAUUGAGAAACCUUUCACCCAUGUGAAUGUUUUGGGAUUUAGGAUGGAAGAUAUUGGGCAGUAUGUGAGAAAAUUUUUCCGUGCAAAGCUUGAUGAGGCUGAGAGACUUCUUGAUAGAAUUCAGUCAUCGGGUGUACUGUCUGGUUUAGCAAGGAGUCCUAUGAUACUCCUGCUAAUGUGUCUAAUAUGGAGGGAAGAGGAAACACUACCAGAUACUCUAUCAAGAUUGUUCAAUGAGGCAAUUAGAUACAUAUUUCGAAGAAAAAUGCCUGAAAUAUCAAAAGAAGCAAUAUCGGAAGUGGUGAUUUCAAUCGGCAAAGUUGCUUUAGAAGGGCUUAUUUCCCUCGAGCAAAAGCUUUCAUUUCAAGAGGGAGAGUUUGAUAAGAGUGUACUCGAUAAAGCAAUACAAGCGGGUAUUCUCACCAGCCAGAGCGUCAUUAAGUGGCACGGUACGCACAAUAACGUACAGUUUAUUCAUAAGACAAUUCAAGAGUACUGCGCAGCUAUGUACUCUCAGAGUCUUUUAGGCAAAGGCGAUGGGGAAUUUCAGAAGAUUCUUGAUAAACUUGGAGAUCCUAUGAAUUUUGAGUACUUGUUGCGCUUCUGCUGCGGCGACAAUGAACAAUGCACACGGCAUGUAUUGCGGAUGCUGCACGAGAAGAUUCUGCGUGAUAACGAUACUGAACCCAAGCUAGUAAAGGAAUUGGCCUUAAAUUGCUACUUUGAAAGUCAAUCAAGAAAUUUGUUAUCAGUAGAUUUCAUUGAGUCUUUUUUUACUGAAGACAUAGAGUUAAGUGGAAACGACAGCGUUAACUCGUUCGUGUGGUUGCUGCAGCAUGUUGCCGAGCAGAGAGAGCUCUCGGGGGUAGAUUACUCCGAUAAAGUAAGCAAAAUUCACUUAGAGGCGUGUAACCUGUCAAGGUUAAGUAAAGUCGUAGCUUUGCAUUUGCCUGAAUUGAAAAACUUGCGCGUGUUGCAUUUCGAUAGAUGCACACAAACUGAUAGCAGUGAUGCUAACACACUUUUAUCAUCAUUUCGUAAUGGAGGCACGAGCAACCUCGUUCCCAUGAUGUUGAGCGCUGCUUUUGAAAAUGGGGUUAAAAAUAAAUUAGAAUUUGUGGACGAGGCUGAGGCUGAGGCCUCUGUGAAACAGAUGUUUGAGCGCCAAGGGUUGCCGGCAUUUGGAGAUUUCUGCCGUAUCAACUUUCUGUAG